GCCAAUGUGGUACGUACAUAUAACAGGCUUAUAUGCGCGUACGUCGUUUUUCCCUCCAGGAGGCAGAGCAGGCCUGCAAGCCAGGCCAGCUGCCCGUAGCUUAUAGUUUAUGGUCAUUUAACUUGUAGUUGGUAAACAACAACGUAUAGGUUUAUGUAGGCCGGUAUGCAUAAACACAACAGUGAAUUGAGUGAACAUUUAUGAAAAAAAAGAGGGCGACGAUACAGUCCAGUGAGUUAUACCUAUCUACACGUUUUCUCCAAAAUUUCGGAGUCUGAAACAUUAAAUAUACUUACCUAUACACACACGUACGUAUAUAUAGGUACCCAUCAUCGUUACUAUCGUUACAUCGUCGUCUUUUUCUCUCGCGUGUUCGUGGUGUGUUGUACUGUUGUUGCUGUUAUUGCAUCUACAUGUAUACAUUAAUGGGUACAUGCAAUUUGAUUUCUCAACAAACACGCACGUAGACGAAGAAAAAACAAAAAAAACAAAAAAAAAAAAAAAAAAAACAGGCGUAUGCUGUGAAAGCACGAGAGUUAACGAGGUUACUGUCGGGUGUGCAACGAUUGAGCGAGCAAUAAAUAUAUACGGUAGUAAAAGCCAAGCGAUCAAGGAUGGAGCUAGCUCGCAACUUUUCUCAGAUCUUUUGGUCACCGGAUGUCUGGCUCCCACCGAACGUCACCUGGGACAACAUCGCCCCAACGCCCGAGAACAGAUUCGCCGACUACCGGCACCUCGUCUACCCCAUCCCGAUGGCCCUCGUCGUCCUCGUCCUUCGAUACGCCCUCGAACGAUUUUGUUUUUCACCAUUUGGUAGGUACAUAGGUAUUAAAUCAAACAGUUCAAAAAAAGCUCCACCAAAUGCUAUUUUAGACAAGGCUUACAACGGAAAGAAAAUUAAGCAAAAGCAGAUUACUGCCUUGGCUAAGCAAUUAGACUGGACUGAGAGACAAGUAGAGAGAUGGCUGAGACUGAGACGUGCUCAGGACAAGCCUUCAAAACUGACCAAAUUCUGUGAGAGUAGCUGGAGGUGCCUGUAUUAUACCUCUGCCUUUCUUACUGGCCUAUAUAUUCUUUGGGACAAACCAUGGCUGUGGGAUAUCAAUCAUUGUUAUUAUGGUUAUCCAUAUCACUCUGUAUCUAAUGAUGUCUGGUGGUACUACAUGCUAUCCAUGUCAUUUUACUGGUCACUGAGCUUUUCUCAGUUCUUUGAUGUUAAGAGAAAAGAUUUUUGGCAAAUGUUUGUACAUCACAUUGCAACUAUUGUUCUUAUGUGCUUCUCCUGGGUUGGCAAUCUAACUAGGAUAGGAUCCCUUGUGCUUCUGGUUCACGAUAGUGCCGACAUUUUCUUGGAAGGAGCCAAAGUCGCCAAAUAUGCGAAUUAUCAAAGGCUUUGUGAUGGCUUGUUUGUCAUUCUUACAGUUGUAUGGAUUAUUACAAGAAUGGGUGUUUAUCCAUUCUGGAUUAUCUAUAGCACUUCGGUUGAAGCACCAAAAAUAUUGCCCAUGUUUCCAGCUUACUAUAUAUUCAACUCAUUGCUGAGUUUGCUGCUGGUCCUACAUGCCUUUUGGACGUAUCUUAUUUUAAAGAUAGCUUACAAUGCAUUUAAUGCCGGACGGAUGGAAGGAGAUAUCAGAAGUGAUAGCAGUGAAGAAAUUUCCGAAGAACUUAAUGGAGCAGCAACAAACAAUGUUGGUAAUCACAUUAGUAAUUCAAACAUAAGGCAAAAGCAGAAUUAAAUUGCUCAUAAUAGAUUAAGCGUGUUUAUAAAAAUAAAAAAAAGGUAUUACUCUGAUCAAGAGAGUGGACCGGCUGUUGAUAUUAGUUUCUCGAAGUAAUGUCAUAAAGGAACGAAUAUUAGAAGAUGCAAGAAAAUUUUUGUAAUUAAUGUAAUUAGAAAAUAUUUAGCUCGAACGAAUUGUGAACCAUCUCGGGAAACUCGAGGUUUCACGGACAUACAAUCGAUUCCAAUCUUAUUUUCUAAUAUAUAAGAGCGCUUUUAUACGAUAUUAGUCGUGAGAGAUUGUCGUAAAGUUGUCGCCUGUUAAAAAAAAAAAAAAAAAAACGUCAUUA